UCGAAGCCGCUAUAUAUAGCUAAAAGCCUUGGUCGUUCUAGCUUUUCUGUAAUCCCCAGCACCGAGAGCUCAGUGCCGCUUGCCUCUCUAUCUCUUCGAUUUCCAGGUAACAAGCGAAGAUGGCAGCAGCUGUGGUGGCUCCACCAAACCCAGAAGCUAAUCAGGCUAUCUACGAUGUCAAGCUCUUCAAUCGCUGGUCUUUCGAUGAUAUUAAUGUAAAUGACAUUUCUCUUGCUGACUAUGUCGGAGUCCAAGUUAAGCACGCAACAUAUGUCCCCCAUACAGCUGGAAGAUACUCUGUCAAGCGUUUCAGGAAGGCCCAGUGCCCAAUUGUUGAGAGGCUCACAAACUCUCUUCAGAUGCACGGCAGAAACAAUGGGAAAAAAUUGAAGGCUGUGACCAUUGUCAAACAUGCCAUGGAGAUCAUUCAUCUUUUGACUGAUCAGAACCCAAUCCAAGUUAUUGUUGAUGCUGUGGUCAACAGUGGGCCUCGUGAAGAUGCCACUCGUAUUGGCUCAGCUGGUGUUGUAAGACGUCAGGCAGUUGAUAUUUCACCUCUUAGGCGUGUAAACCAGGCCUUGUAUCUCCUUACCACUGGUGCUCGUGAGGCAGCUUUCAGGAACAUCAAGACCAUAGCUGAAUGCUUGGCUGAUGAACUUAUCAAUGCAGCCAAGGGUUCCUCAAACAGCUAUGCCAUUAAGAAGAAAGAUGAGAUUGAAAGAGUUGCUAAGGCCAACCGUUGAGGAAUUCUUUCAGAAUGGUGGAAUGGAGUUUUGUUAUUUUCGGACAAUUUUUGUCGUUUGUUUGUUUUGAAUCUUCAGCCAAGACAUGAUACUUAUGUUUUGUUUGUUGUACGACGGCAGGAGUAACUCUUUUUAUGUAUGGAGUUCCAUUAUAAUGUUAAGAAUGUAGUAACUUCAGUUCCGUUAGUCUUUACUCGCUGGGUUUUUGGUUU